ACUUCGCUCUUUUGUGGGAAGGGCGAGAGGUUUGGAUCGGCCAAUCAGCAACGCUCUUCUAUCCGUCAGCCUAAGUGGCUGCCUGCUGGCCUAUUUGUCUGGCUUGCUGGAGCAGGAUGGGGAGCUGUAGUUUGCAGCGAUCAAACCGCCCAGUCGAUUAGAUGCUCUUCGGCCUCCUAUGGACUUCGGCUUCCCCAUGUCUGCUAGAGCCAAUGCUUUCAGGAUAGACUCCCUAAUGUCUGGUCCUCUAGCGGAAGCCGCGACCCUCUCAAGCCUAGGAUACCCUACUUUUCCCUCCCAGCGGGCCUCCGACUGUUUCUUUGACUGGGGACAGGGCUCUGCUUACUGUUCCGGCAUCAAGAACAUGGAAGCAUGCCUACUGAACGGAACGAAUGGACGGUCGUAUUUUGACGCAACAAGGUACGAGCCUACCCAGCUUCAGAACAGUACAAAUGCUAACAGGAACACUUUUGAUGGCGAAAGUGUAAAAAAUGAACCUGAAAAUGGAACUAGUGUCAGCUCCGGAAAUUGUGAAAGUCCGGAGAGCUUUAUUAAAAAUAAUAAAAGCGAAGGUGAGAAGAAACCCCUGUAUCCUAAGCUGCUGAAUGUGAACGCUCAUUUGGAGAUGAAAGCUUUGUGGGAAGAGUUUGAUCAGCUAGGCACGGAGAUGAUCGUUACCAAAGCAGGAAGGCGGAUGUUUCCAACUUUCCAAGUCCGCCUGUACGGACUGGACCCCUUAGCUGAGUACAUGGUGAUGAUGGACUUUGUACCGUGUGACGAUAAACGGUACCGCUACUCCUUCCACUCGUCCAGCUGGGUGGUGGCUGGGAAGGCCGACCCUCACGUGCCCGGCCGGAUACACGUACAUCCGGAUUCUCCCGCCAAGGGAGCACAGUGGAUGAAACAGAUCGUCUCAUUCGACAAGUUAAAAUUGACCAAUCACCAGAUGGACGACAACGGCCAUAUUAUCCUGAACUCUAUGCACAAAUAUCAGCCUCGGUUCCACGUGGUUUACGUCAAUCCGAAGUCAGAAGACGUGUCCAGUACAGAGAACUUCAAGACGUUUAUCUUUCCAGAGACGAAGUUUAUGGCGGUCACGGCUUACCAAAAUCACAGGAUAACUCAGCUAAAAAUUGCCAGUAAUCCCUUCGCAAAAGGUUUCAGAGACUGUGAUCCUGAUGAUUGGCCCCGCAAUCAUCACAGACCCAGUAGUUUACAGCUAAUUGGGGUUCCCAGAAAACGGAGUAAAUCCGAUGAAAAAGGCAGUGUUGAAACAGAAGAACUGAACAAUUCGGGGAUUCCGAGAGUGUAUAGCCCGAGCCUGACGGGAAGUUUGCCGAUGGCCAUUAACCGCCCGGACCAGAGCCGAGGAGGACAGACAUACGCGUGUACCGAUGGCUACACUUACAGUCCUUAUGGACAGGACACGUACAUGUCGACUGUGAAACAGAGAGCGACACCGUACGCCAGGAACGUUGACUACAGCGCCUACCAUCCACGAAUGAACGGAUUCUAUCCCAGAGUGAACAACUUUGGUUACAACUUCGAAAAUAGGUGAUGGAUAGUAUGAAAAAUGCUGUGAUAGGAAAAUGUAUUAAGAGAGCUGUCUGUCUAAGCCCUGCGACACAUGGAACUAUCUCCGCCUUGUCCACCAUUGUAGUUGUUGCUCAACUAGCGUCAACUGUCUUCAUGAAAAUAAUCAACCACCGUCCAAGACGCUUCAUAGGAACUGUUCUGUUCAGGAUUUGGGGCUAAUUUGAGCGCUACACCCUGAAAGCAAAACUACCUUAAAGUGGCAACAUUCGAUCCACUGAACAAGACAGCAACAAUUUUCCUGUAAAGCGUUUGUUACAGCAUUUGUUGUGUGUCGUACCGUCAAGCGACAUUAAAAACCGGCCCCUGGCUCACUGUCCGUGAAAAAAAAAACACACGUUGUGUUGAAGUUCACUGAACAUGUUGCGGUCAUUGUGAAAUUACUUCUUAUUAAACCUGUCGCAAAACUGGGUAUCUCAUUAAACCGCCGCCCUAUAUACAUUAGACCGUGUGAAUGUAGUUGCGGAUAUUUGCCAGCCUGGCAGAAAGACGAUGUGUACACCAUUGGCAUCUUCUGACAGAACAGUGAGGACUGUUUAUUAUUUGACGUUACCAGUGCUAUUACAUUUACGUGUAUUUCGAAUCGAUGCAGUAAUGGUUCGAUAAAAUGGAUAAAGUAUCAUUUUCAAACUGUACAUUAAUACAUUCAUCUUGACUGAUUCUUCAGUCUACUAUGCAACACGAAGAGAACAUCUCCCUCUGCAUGAGACCCGACUACGCAAUCUCGCAUUGCAAGAUGCCUUAUCGAACUUCAUGUUCAUAUGUAAAGGUUCCACUUAGGUUGUUGUAGUUAGGCGAUGCUCAGCAACAUACGUACCAUUCCUGUUGAUUUUUUUUAUCUUUGGAAUGGGUCGUACAGUUACAACACGUGAUACAGAUCAACGCCUUUGUGUGUUUUACUGGCAACAAACUGUUUAUUUUGAGACAUUCAGCUCAUUUAUCAUUGGUGACACUAUUUAUACACGACCUGUGCCUAUAGCUGGAUAUAAGCGCCAUGUCUACACUGUGCCUUAUACAUGUAUUAUAACUUGUGCACUUAAUGAAACACACCUCUGCAUGUUUAUCCACUGGGCUGGUUUCCCCGCUCAGCAGUUCUAUUGGGACGCAUGUCCCGGUGUCAGGUAAUUUGCGAGCAGUGACAGUUUCCAUAGCAUGGCCUUUGUACGUCUUCGCACUACGCACAUGUAGUUGUACGUUGUAUUGUUCAACGAAUGAUGAUAAAAAAAUGUAUUGGUAAAAUCCCCAACCAAAUAAAUGAAUAAAAUAAUCAUAUUCCUUGCAUUCUAUACUACUGAUCAGUGCUUACAUUAUUUCACACUCACCAAUACAACGUUCUUUUCUUAUUAAAAAUAAGACAUAAUUUCAAGACAGCGAGACAACAAUUAAAAACAGAAAACGCUUGUACACUGACAUUAAGUUGUGCAAUUUCUGUUUCUGUUUGAAAUUCUGUUUAAAAUUUUCAAAAAUCACUACACAAACUGCACAAAAUAUUUUUACAGUUUUCUUAGACAACUUUCAAUAUUUUUGUUUAACAUUUAAGAAAUGAAAUGGGUUUUAAUAAGUGCAGUUGACUCCUACCCUCAGAUCAGAACACAAACAAAACCUUGAUAUCAAAGGGUAUUAUGUACUCUUACUCACACUACAUAUAUUUAUUCACAACGAAAAUCGUUUUCAUUUCAUUUGUUGAAACAUAUCACGCGUAUUGUUUUUGCAGAACGCACGCGAAAAUGGGCGAUCAAUUUUCGGAAGAGAAUUGUUUAAUUCUAGUUUAGAGGUAUAAUUUAAAAAGCACCUUCUUUCCACUCCCCUUGGAUCCAUUUUAGAAAGCAGCCGCAGCAUGCGUAUUCCUACAUAUAUACUCGAGAUAACGGAGGUACACGUUUCCAUAGUAAAUGCGUUGGACAUAAUGCGAAGACUAGGUGAUAAAACUCCAGCUGUCGAAUCCAGUGGCCUCGGGCAUGACGUCACUAAUUAGUGUACUCGUCAUAUGACCCCUUUCCAAGAUGUUUGUGGUGAAUAGCAAGAGCAGUUUUUUAUCGACAUUAUGAUGAUAACUUUCUUCUCAAGUUUUUUUUUUGUAACUAAGUCUGUUUUUAGUUGUUUAAAAUAUAUAUGAGGAUUUGGUUUAUUGGCACAUAAACCUGUAAUAUAGAAGAUAGAUAUCUAGAUGUAACCCGUGUUCAGCGUUUAUGUAAACUGUGCGAGCUUAAAGUCAUUGAGUAUAAAUCAUUUGUCCUGAAUAUCUGAACCUUAUAGAAAAAAUGGAUCAAACCACAUUAUGCUAGUAAAUGUGUGUUUAAGUAAGUACAACUGCAAAUUUUAAAACAUUUAUUUCGAGAAGGUAAAGUCAGAAAGCAAUUAUUACCUUCUCCAGCACGUGUUUCUGUGACAUAAGUAGUGUUAUUGGCGAACACAAACUACUGACGGUCUGCGCACGUAUAGUUUGAUAUUUGGUAUCCAAUAAGCUAAAAACACCUGCUGAAAUACGCUUUAUUUCACUAAGCACAAAAUACGUACGUCAUGCCUGCACGAAGCCACUGGAAAAGAACGGAUUCCUUUGUAUACAGCGGGUUGCAUGUCGAGUGUCCAGCAGAAAAGUAUGUAAUUGCAGUGCAUUCUUAAAAAUAUCAAGCAAUUUUCAAAUUUGAACUGCCUUGAGUUGUACGAUACACAAUUUUGUAUCGAAACACGUCCUCACCUGAAGAGUACGGUGUUUGUACACAGCGCUUACGAGCAUUUGUGAAAGACGGUGUUCAUAUCAAUCAUAGAAAACCGUGAACAAAGCACUAAUAUAUCAGUGUUAAUAUUUUUACUAAUUUGAACUCCAUCCCAUCCUUCAUGUGGCGUUUUAUAGGCUUAUGCAAUCAAACGCAAAAGCUAGUCCGAAUGUCGACUCCGACUCAUUUUGUAUCGUCAUUGUAAAUGUUCUAUAAUCACAAAUGCAUGUAUAUAGAACUAAGGAGCAGUUUUGCCGUGAUAUCUCACAGUAUAUAUGUUUAUCUUUUUCAUUGAAUAUGGAGCCAGUGAAGAAUAAAUUUUACCU